AGCGCGUGUGAUUUGAUUUGUUUGUGUAUCCUCGUUGUUUUUCUCUCUUGAGUGUUUUAUUGAGAGUAAACAGAGUCUUGUCUAUGUGUAUUUUAGUGUUGGUGAUGAGAUGGAUGUGAUGUGCUGUAAAUCAGUAGGAACUGAUCUGUCCAUGCUGGAUAUUGAUGAUUUUAUCACAGAAAUCUCUCAGCUGAAGAAAGAGGUGGCGUUACUGGAGAUAAAGCUGAGGUUAAGAGGAGAUGAAGGACUGAAUAGAGAGGAUGGGGUUUGUUGUGAAUCUUCAGAGUAUGUGACUGUUUGGAGCUCCAGUGAAUGUCUGGAUUCAGUGUGGAUGAGCAGAGAUCAGAGCCGCACACCACAGUCACUGCUGGAUAAACUCUCUGAAGAGACAUCCAGACACACACAGGACUCAGUUCUCAGUCUGUCUUUACUCUCUUAUACUGAGUCAAAGCUCACAGACGCUCAGGACACUACAGUGUGUGACAGUAAACAGAGCUUACAGGAGGAUCAAACCUCCACAGAGUCUCUGGAUUCUGUCUGUAACGCUGGAGAACAGCAGCAGAUCCUGCAGACCAAACUCAAGAUGUGUUCAGUUAAACCGAUGGACAGUGGGAACCUAAUGAUGAAGAUGAGAAGAGAAACUACAGCAGAUGAAGAUCACACUGAGGAAGAUGAUGACAAUCAUAAUGAUUUUAUUCCUUCAGAUAAGAUCAGUGAUUCGUGUUUUGAUGGAGAAAUAACGUCUUUAUCGUCAAAAGAGCGACAGACGGCACAAACUCUUUCCUGCAUCACCGAUGGAGAGACAUUGAGCUCACAGAGACAUUUAGAUAGAAAUGCAGAACAAAAACUCUCGACCUCCACCAGAUCUGAGAUCAGCUCUACUACCUUACAAAAGUAUGAACGUCAUCAUUCAAAAGUGCACAGAGAGAAGAAGUGUGGGAAGGAUCUUUUAGCAUCAACGUCUCAUAUUAAUGCUCAUGUGAGGUCACACAGUGCUGAAAAGUCUUUUUACUGCACUGAAUGUGGCAAAUAUUUCAGCACCAAAAAAUCUCUUAAAGUUCAUCAGAGAGUUCAUACAGGAGAGAAACCAUACGAGUGUCCUUACUGUGAGAAGAGAUGCAGCCAAAAACGUAAUCUGAAGACACAUAUGCUUAUACACACCAAUGAAAGACCGUAUCAGUGCAGUGAAUGUGGAAAAACCUUUAAGGAUUCAGGUUCAUUAAAAUCACACCAGAAUAUUCACUCUGAGGAGAAACGCUAUCCGUGUUCACACUGUGAUAAAGGUUUCGGUCAAAAAUUGACUCUGAUUAUCCAUGAGAGAAUUCACACUGGAGAAAAACCUUACGUCUGCUCUCACUGUGGAAAGAGCUUCUCUCGUCCAAGUAGUUUUAAAGCUCAUCAGAGAAUUCAUACAGGAGAGAAACCUUACGUCUGCUCUCACUGUGGAAAGAGCUUCUCUCAUUCAAGUAGUUUUAAAGCUCAUCAGAGAAUUCAUACAGGAGAGAAACCUUACGUCUGUUCUCACUGUGGUAAGAGCUUCACUAAUCUAAGUAGUUUAAAAUUUCAUCAGAGAGUUCACACUGGAGAGAAACCUCAUCACUGUACUGUUUGUGGAAAGAGUUUUAGUCAUCAUCAAAGUUUAGUGAAACACCUGAGAACUCAUACAGGUGAAAAACCGUUACAAAUGUUCUCAGUGUGAGAUGCCAGAUUCCUUAAAAGCCCAUUUGAGAGUUCAUACGUGAGAGAAACCUUACGGGCCCUAUCAUACAUCCAGCUCAAUGUGCGACACAAGUGUCUUUCGCUAGUUUCAACCUGGCGAAAUUAUAAUUUUCACGUUUAGCUAGCACCAAGUUGUUUAAAUAGCAAAUGCAUCUGCGCCCAAUUUUGCACCCAUGGGCGUUCUGGUCUGAAAACGAGGUGUUUUCAGGUGCAUUCUUGGUGCGGUGCUAUUGUGAGGCAACUAAAAUAGACUACACCAUUAACCAACUAAAACCUGGUUUAAAGUCAAUGACGGAAUAUUGUUUUUGUUAUUUAAUGAGCGCGUUAGUAAUACAGGACGACAGUGCACGUUUGCUUAUCACACACAUGGAUGCACAGCAGAACACAACCCUUUUAUAAUAUGAAAAAUUAAAGGAUUAAAAUGUAAAAGAUUAUUAUAGAGUCUCUUGGACUUAAAUGAGGACCGAUUAUGAGACGUUAGAAGAUGUAAAGAGCUGCUUGACCUGUAGCUUGGAAAGAAAUUGUUUUGCUUUAAACAAAUGCUUCUGUUUUUAAAUGCUACCUUAUGAAUUAAUUGUAUAUGAUGACUUUGUACCUGUGGAUAUGGUGAGAUGAGAAACAUUUUUAGGUAAUGCUUUAAAAAAAAACAUGGCGCUGUCCGAGUGCUGAAACUGUUCUCUGCACAUUUGUAAAUUCUUUAACCUCUGUUUGUUACAAAUAAAGUAUUUUUAGAG